AUGACUCUGAAGCCGUACCAACGCGCAAACCAUUUCCCGGGGAUGGUUGAAAUCUGUCGGAAGGAUUUUCUCGCCAGAAAUUUCGCAAGAAUGCAAAAAGUUGAGCCAGAUGAGUACAAUUUCAUGCCGAAUACUUGGGUUCUACCACAAGAGUAUGGUUACUUUUCAAGUUAUGCCAAAAAGUUAUACAAACAAGGAUCGAAUACUUGUUUUAUACAAAAACCAGCCAAUGGUGCAAUGGGACAUGGAAUUCGUCUUUAUCGAAAUGCUAAUCAAGUGCCAUCAAAUUUAAGCAAUGGUAUAACAUGUGUAAUUCAAGAGUACAUUGAAAAUCCACUACUAAUAGAUGGAUAUAAAUGUGAUUUACGAGUUUAUGUCUUGAUAACAUCAUGUGAUCCUUUGAGAAUUUUCAUGUAUAAUGAUGGUUUAAUACGACUUGGCGCUGAAAAAUAUGUUAAACCAAAUGAACCAGAAGGAGAUUCAGUUUAUCGACAUUUAACUAAUUACGCUGUCAAUAAAUAUCAUGAACAAUACAAUCGUUCUGAUGAUGAAAUGUCCGGCAAUAAACGCUCAUUUGCAUUCUUUGAUAAUUAUAUACGUGAUGUAAAGAAAUGUGAUCCAUUCAAUGUUUGGCAGAAAAUACGUGAUUUAAUUAUUAAAACAAUAACUAUCGCUUUGCCAUAUCUUUUACAUUCUUAUCGUGUGUGUCGUCGUAGAACAAAUAAUUGUUAUACUGGAAAAAUGACGAAAUCCAAUUUAAAACAAACUGCUAUCAGUAGAAGUGAUGAAUAUUCAAUGUUCAAUGAAUCGAAUAAUAAAUCCAAGUUAUACUCACCUGAUGCUAAACGAUUAAUGACUGAUAAGUCCAAUGUUCAACGUCUAUCAGCAUCACCACCACCAGUACGAACAUCAACAACAAAAAUAACAUCGUCAAAAAAAUCAAAAGGUUCAACCAACUAUCUUUCAACACCAUUUAUUUGUUCAAAUUUAUUUGAAAUUUUAGGUUUUGAUAUUUUAUUAGACAAAAAUUUAAAUCCAUGGUUAAUUGAAGUAAAUCGUUCACCUAGUUUUAAUAGUGAUCAAGAAUUGGAUAAACGAGUUAAGCAUGGUUUACUGACAGAUGCUUUUCGUCUUCUGAAUAUAAGACCAUCUGACAAAUCUCGUACAGAAAAGCAACAAAAGUUGAAUACAAUCAAACGUUUAUGCAGCCAAUCUGUGCAAACACAAAACUGGAUGAAUUCAACUCAUCUUCCUCAUAGUAGUGGUAGUACGAGUUUGAACAGUAAUCAAUUAACCUUCAAAAUUUUUCAAAAUGGAUCACUCCAGUCCAUAUCUUCUAAAAAGUCUGACCUGUCAUUUUCAAAUCAUCCCACACAUGGUUCUGUUAAACCAAUCAUUAAUAAAUGUCAGUUGGAGGGUUCAAAAUUGGACUGGGAAAUCGAUUGCUUACGGCAACAAUUAUCUUCAAUACGUCAACAAUUAGCACUAGAAUUCUAUGAACAUCAUAAUAGCGGACAUCUAUUAGAGGAGUUGAAAACAACAUACUUGAAUCCGAUCACUGAAGAUGAUAUUUUUAAUAAACUGUCGAAAUUGAUUAAAAAGGAAUCGAAAUUAAAUCCGGCAAUAAAUGUUAAGCAGCAGAUAACAGAAAUAUGGUCAAAAUGUGUCGACAACUAUGGUACAAGUGAUGAAGAUGAUGAUACCAACGAUGAUACUGACUUUCUUGCCAAUGAAAAUUUUCACUUUUUUAAUAAUAAACACGGAAAUAAUAAUAAAAGAUCCAAAAAUAUAAUUCAGUUGGAAAACAACAACUUCAAACCAGUAAUUAUCGCACCAACAAGAAGCGUAACACCGAUAAUGAAGAGAAAAACACCAAUAACAAUAAUGCAUUCAAAAAACAAUAUGUAUUUCACCUUUACUAAAUCAAAACCCUAUUCAUCAUCAAUAUCUAUAUCUAAUCAACUAUUAAACAAAAAACACAAUGUUGUAGAACAACUCAGACAUGGAUUGCCACUUGACAAAACGUUUAAAUCAUUCGAGUCACAUUCAUCCAGCAUGAGAAAAACACCGAAGCAUGUCAACAGAAGAAUUCAAAUCCCUCCAUCAUCACGUACAAUUCACAAGAGUCAUGAAAAAAAUAAUGAUGUUUACAUCAUGUCUCCUUCAUUUACAAUGAAGAAUAAAAAUCCUUAUAGUGUACAGUCUGCUGAUGAUGAUGAUUCUAAUGUUCAAUGUUCAGUGGAGGAUAUUUAUUCAACGCAUCAAUGUUUAUCACAGAGCCAUAUUUCAAACAAAGAGGAAUUAACCAACUUAAAGUCUAUAGCAAGUAUAAAACUAGGAGAACAUGAAAUGAGCGUUUUGUUAGAUUUUGACAGUCAAUGGAACAAUUUACAAUUGACAAAUAAUAAUCAUUCAAAUGAAGGAAUAAAUUAUCAGUUCUUACCAAAACAAAAAUGUUUUCUACCAAUAAUUCAUUGGAAUUGUACAUUGAAUGACUUAUUGCCAUCAUUUAAGUAUACAUUAAAACAAUCCACAGAACAACAACUAAUGCAAUAUUUAGAACAAUUUGAAUGUAUAAUACAAAACCAAAUGAAUUUAGCUAAUUACUAUCCAUGUAUUAAUAUUCUUGUUGAUGAAAUGUCAAAAAUGACAAUGUUUCAAAGUAAACUGGAUCAACUGAAUUCUAGAUCAUUGGAUAAAGAAGAUAUACUGCAUUACUUCAGUGUUCAAUAUGACAAUGAUAGAAGAAAUAUUGUAGAUCAAGUUAAUGAAAUAAUACAUCCAAUGAUGCUGACUUGCUUGAAAUCAUUAAAUUUGGCACAACUUCAAAUCAAAUUAGAAGCACUAGGUGAUCAUUUAUUACAUGAAGAAAUUACCGAAAUGUUCACAAAGAAACUUAUGGAUAAAUUUAUUCAAGGUUUACGCAUAACGCGUUUAUUGAAUCGAAUAAAAAAUCGUCUUCUCAUAAAUCAUGGUUACUUACUACGAAGUAUAAUUCAACUAAUACCAAAUGUACCUAUAAUGACUGAAACAAUAAUGGCGUUACCAACGAAACUCCUUACCACUGAACCACUAUUAACUGUUGAAGAGUUGUGCUGCAAACAUUUUCUUCGACUGUGUAUAGAAUCGUUUAUUUUAUAUUAUUUAAAAUAUUUAGAUGAAAUUAUGAAAACUGUUAACGAUGAUGAUAAUGUUAUGCAAUUCAAGGAGAUUUAAAAAAUCUGGCAGAUUGAUUCGACUUACUUAAAUAUAAC